AUGCCGCUGGUGGGGUCGUUCGUGCUCCCGCACGGGGCGUUGUUGCUGGAUGAAACCAAGCCCAUCUACUCGGAGCAGUUGAACCGGGCGAUGAAGGAGGCCGCACGAGAGCUCGUGCAGCUUAGGCCCGACGUCGUGUUUCUGUCCACCCCGCACGGCAUCGCGCUGGACAGCGACUUUGGGCUCUACCUUAACCAGCAGGCCAAAGGCUCAGCCGAGUGGUUGGGUGAGUACGGCGAGUACGCGGUACAGGUGCAGCUGAACAGAUCGAUGGCCCUCGAGCUCAAAUCGCGCCUGAGCGAGCGGGGCAUAGGGGUGUCGGGCAUCACCUCCUUCUCCUCGGCCGUUGAGUCGCCCCUGCGCUGGGGCGAGGCCGUGCCCCUGUGGUUCAUCGAGCAGGCACUGAAGCAACAACAACAAGAAGAUGAAGAUGCAGAACAUGAAGAUGAAAAAGGCAUCGAGCGCAAGACUACCACUACAACGUACAUCAUCCUGUCCCAGCCGACGAGGCGCAUCGAGCCCGAGCAGAUGGCGGCCGACCUGCGGCGGCUGGGCGAGACCAUAUCGGCCUUCUUCGAGGAGCGGACCGAGCGCGCGGUGGUGGCCAUCAGCGGCGACCUCGCCCACACCCACUCCCGCAGCCCCGACUCGCCCUACCCGUGGUCCGCCACCGCUCAGCCCUUCGACGAAGCGAUUGAGGCGUGGGCGAGUUCGUUGGACGAGGAGCGGCUGGUCGGCGGUGCGGGCGCGCUGGUGCGGGAGGCCCUGAGCUGCGGCUACACGGGCUUCCUCCUCCUGGACGCCGCCCUGCGGCACCAGCAGCGGGCCUUCGGCAAGACCCUCACGCCCAAGGUCUACCACCGCCAGGCACCCACCUACUACGGCAUGAUCGUCUCCUCCUUCCUUCCUUCUUCUCUAGUCACAUAA